AUGUCCGUUCAUACCAUACCCACGGACUUUGCGCCGACGCCCGGACCGCAGCCAAACUUCUACUACGGGUCGCCCGCGCCGUACGCCGAGUCCAUCGCACCCUCACAUCACUCGACGUACGCUCACUAUUACGACGACGAGGACGACGGCUGGGAAAUGCCUAACUUCUACAACGAGACGUAUAUGAAGGAGAGUUUGCAUAAUGGCAAGAGCAACGGAUCCACUCUUCAGGGCAUCAGUAAUCCGGCCUCAGUUUACGGCACCAAAGAGGACCUCUACGACCGGCUCAGGAAACACCAGUAUUUAGGCAAAAAAGGAGAUACGACGAGCGAUAGCGAAGAUCAGGGAAACUAAUCGUUUUGACAAAUUUAUAACUAAAAUAUAAAAUUAUAAAUUUUUAA